AUGCUGGAGUGCUGCUGGUGUGCUGCUGGUGUUGCCGCCGUGGCUGGUGCUGCUGGAGUUGCCGCUGGUGCUGGAGUUGCCACUGUUGCAGGUGCUGCUGGUGUAGCCACUGUUGCAGGUGCUGCUGGUGUAGCCACUGUUGCAGGUGCUGCUGGUGUAGCCACUGUUGCAGGUGCUGCUGGUGUUGCCGCCGUGGCUGGUGCUGCUGGAGUUGCCACUGUUGCAGGUGCUGCUGGUGUAGCGACUGUUGCAGGUGCUGCUGGUGUUGCCGCCGUGGCUGGUGCUGCUGGAGUUGCCACUGUUGCAGGUGCUGCUGGUGUAGCGACUGUUGCAGGUGCUGCUGGUGUUGCCGCCGUGGCUGGUGCUGCUGGAGUUGCUGGUGGUGCUGGAGUUGCCGCUGUUGCAGGUGCUGCUGGUGUAGCCACUGUUGCAGGUGCUGCUGGUGUAGCCACUGUUGCAGGUGCUGCUGGUGUAGCCACUGUUGCAGGUGCUGCUGGUGUUGCCGCCGUGGCUGGUGCUACUGGAGUUGCCGGCGGUGCUGGAGUUGCCAUUGUUGCAGGUGCUGCUGGAGUUGCCGCCGUGGCUGGUGCUGCUGGAGUUGCCGGUGGUGCUGGAGUUGCCGCUGUUGCAGGUGCUGCUGGUGUAGCCACUGUUGCAGGUGCUGCUGGUGUUGCCACUGUGGCUGGUGCUGCUGGAGUUGCAGCUGUUGCAGGUACUGCUGGAGUUGCCGCUGUUGCAGGCGUGCCAGGUGUGGCUGGUGCUGCUGGGGUUCCCGCCGUGGCUGGAGCUGCUGGCGUUGCCGCUGUUGCUGGCGUGCCAGGUGUGGCUGGUGCUGCUGGGGUUCCCGCCGUGGCUGGAACUGCUGGUGUUGCCGGUGCACCUGGGGUAGCUGGUGCUACAGGUGUUGCCACUGUUGCAGGUGCUGCUGGUGUUGCCGCCGUGGCUGGUGCUGCUGGAGUUGCCGCUGUGGCUGGUGCUGCUGGCGUUGCCGCUGUUGCAGGAGCUGCUGGUGUUGCCGCUGUUGCUGGCGCGCCAGGUGUGGCUGGUGUUGCCGCUGUGACUGGGGCUGCUGGUGUUGCCGGUGCUGCUGGAGUUGCCGCUGUUGCUGGCGCACCAGGUGUGGCUGGUGCUGCUGGUGUUGCUGCUGUGACUGGAGCUGCUGGUGUUUCCGGUGCUACAGGUGUUGCCACUGUUGCAGGUGCUGCUGGCGUUGCCGCCGUGGCUGGUGCUGCUGGAGUUGCCGCCGUGGCUGGUGCUGCUGGAGUUGCCGCUGUUGCAGGAGCUGCUGGCGUUGCCGCUGUUGCUGGCGCUCCAGGUGUGGCUGGUGCUGCUGGUGUUGCCGCUGUGACUGGAGCUGCUGGUGUUGCCGGUGCUGCUGGAGUUGCCGCUGUAGCAGGUGCUGCUGGUGUGGCCGCUGUUGCUGGCGCACCAGGUGUGGCUGGUGCUGCUGGGGUUGCUGCUGUGACUGGAGCUGCUGGUGUUGCCGGUGCUGCUGGAGUUGCCGCCGUUGCAGGUGCUGCAGGUGUAGCCACUGUUGCAGGUGCUGCUGGUGUUGCCACUGUGGCUGGUGCUGCUGGAGUUGCCGCUGUUGCAGGUGCUGCUGGAGUUGCAGGCGCUGCUGGUGUAGCUGGUGCUACAGGUGUUGCUGGUGUUCCUGCUGUUGCUGGCGCUGCUGGAGUUGCCGCUGUUGCAGGUGCUGCUGGUGUUCCGGCUGUUGCUGGAGCUGCUGGUGUAGCAACUGUUGCUGGCGCGCCAGGUGUGGCUGGUGCCACUGGGGUUCCCACCGUGGCUGGAGCUGCUGGUGUUGCCGCUGUGGCAGGUGCUGCUGGAGUUGCCGCUGUUGCAGGUGCUGCUGGAGUUUCAGGAGCUGCUGGUGUUGCUGGUGUUGCCGCUGUGGCAGGUGCUGCUGGAGUUGCCGCUGUUGCAGGUGCUGCUGGAGUUUCAGGAGCUGCUGGUGUUGCUGGGGCGCCAGGUGUGGCUGGUGCUGCUGGGGUUCCCGCCGUGGCUGGAGCUGCUGGUGUUGCCGGUGCACCUGGUGUAGCUGGUGCUACAGGUGUUGCCACUGUUGCAGGUGCUGCUGGUGUUGCCGCCGUGGCUGGUGCUGCUGGAGUUGCCGCCGUGGCUGGUGCUGCUGGAGUUGCCGCUGUUGCAGGAGCUGCUGGUGUUGCCGCUGUUGCUGGCGCGCCAGGUGUGGCUGGUGUUGCCGCUGUGACUGGAGCUGCCGGUGUUGCUGGAGUUGCCACUGUAGCAGGUGCUGCUGGAGUUCCAGGAGCUGCUGGUGUUGCAGCCGUGGCUGGUGCUGCUGGAGUUGCCGCUGUUGCAGGAGCUGCUGGUGUUGCUGGCGCUCCAGGUGUGGCUGGUGCUGCUGGUGUUGCCGCUGUGACUGGAGCUGCUGGUGUUGCCGGUGCUGCUGGUGUUGCCACUGUGGCUGGUGCUGCUGGAGUUGCCGCUGUUGCAGGUGCUGCUGGAGUUGCAGGCGCUGCUGGUGUAGCUGGUGCUACAGGUGUUCCUGCUGUUGCUGGCGCUGCUGGAGUUGCCGCUGUUGCAGGUGCUGCUGGUGUUCCCGCUGUUGCUGGAGCUGCUGGUGUAGCAACUGUUGCUGGCGCGCCAGGUGUGGCUGGUGCUACUGGGGUUCCCACCGUGGCUGGAGCUGCUGGUGUUGCCGCUGUGGCAGGUGCUGCUGGAGUUGCCGCUGUUGCAGGUGCUGCUGGAGUUUCAGGAGCUGCUGGUGUUGCUGGGGCGCCAGGUGUGGCUGGUGCUGCUGGGGUUCCCGCAGUGGCUGGAGCUGCUGGUGUUGCCGGUGCACCUGGUGUAGCUGGUGCUACAGGUGUUGCCACUGUUGCAGGUGCUGCUGGUGUUGCCGCCGUGGCUGGUGCUGCUGGAGAGCUGCUGGUGUUGCCGCUGUUGCUGGCGCGCCAGGUGUGGCUGGUGUUGCCGCUGUGA